AUGUUCAGACGUCGCCCGCUUCUAGGUGCAGCAGUAGUCUAUGGGGCAUCGAGGGCUGGAGCACGGCGUGGCAUGCAGGCCGAGGCGGAACGUCAGCAGGCCAUGGAAUACGAGUUCCAGAGGCGGCAGGCAGCCCAGGACGCCCAGCGAAGGGAGGACGAGCAGAGACGCGCGGAGGAGGACAAGAGGCGGGAGAAGGAACUGCAGAACGAGAAAGAACGGAUGAGGCUGGAGGUCGAGCUCGAAGAAAGAGAAAAGGCCCGGGCCAAAGCUGAGCAACAAUACCCCCAGCAACAACCACAACAACAAGGAGGAGGUGGUCCGCCCACAUACGCUGGAGUCGACGUCCUGUUCUGCUCCACCUGCGGCACCCAGUGCAAGGUCGGUGACAAGUUCUGCAAUGGAUGUGGAACGAAGCUGCCACCCAUCAAGCAAAUGUAA